AUGGGAUCACGUCAAAUAACAGAAAAAUCAUUGUCGAUGAUAAGAUCGCUGCCGAGGAUAUCUCUUGGUAAUAUACGUGACAAUCCAGGCUCUAAAAUAACCCAAAAACGUGGGCGUGGUCAACAUAGAGGAGACAAACAUGGUGCUGGUAAUAAGGGUUCAGGUCAACGGCAGAAUUAUAUGAGACUGGGUUACGAAACUGGAAAUAACCCCUUUUAUCUUAGAGUUCCUAGUGAACCUUACUACAGAGGACAUCACCACAGAAGACAAUAUCCACCAUUGUCACUAUUGGAGCUACAAAGCUUAAUUGACAAAGAUCGGUUAGAUGUUACAAAACCAAUUGAUAUUGCUAGUAUUAUUAAAUCAGGGUUAUACAACAUGUUUCCUGAUCAAAAACAGUUUGGUAUACAUUUAACAGAUGAGGGGCUUGAUAUAUUUGCGGCAAAAAUAAAUAUUGAGGUGCAGUGGGCAAGUGAACAGGUAAUUGCUGCUAUUGAAAAAAACGGGGGAGUUAUUACGACUGCUUAUUAUGAUCCCCACAGUUUAUUUCUUUUGAAGAAUCCUAAGAAGUUCUUUGAAACUGGACAAGCUAUUCCUAGGAGAAUGAUUCCUCCGCCUGAUGUUAUUGAAUAUUAUACUAAUCCUAAAACUAGAGGUUAUUUAGCUGAUCCAGAAAAGAUAUCACAUGAGAGAUUAAGAUUAGCACAGAAGUAUGGUUAUGAGCUACCAGAGUUAGAAAAUGAUGUAUCUUAUAAUAUGUUGAUAGAAAGGAAAGAUCCUAGACAAAUUUUCUUUGGAUUGGAACCUGGAUGGGUCAUUAAUUUAAAAGAUAAAUGUAUCUUGAAGCCUAGAGAUGAAGAAUUACUUAGAUUUUAUUCUUCAUAG